AUGAAAAUUAAGUUGAAAUAUUACAAUGAUUGGGGAGAAGAAUAAAUUUGCAUAAUUAAAGUACCUUCUAAAGGAACAGUUAAAGAUUUAUAAUCUGAAAUAUAGAAGGUAACAUAAAUUGAGGUAUGCAAUCAAAAAUUGUAUUUAUUGACAAAUUCUUAAAUGAUGGAAAUUGAAAAUAAUCAAUAUUUAAGUUCAAUAUAGUUUAAUCAAGAAUCUAUAGUAUGUGUGAAAAAUAUUGAUGAUUAAUUUAGCAUAAAUUCUUCUUUAAAUUCCCAAAAAUAAUAAAUAAAAUCAUAAAAUACAAAUAAUAUUGCUACAGAUUUAUAUAAUUCAGUGCAUGAUUCUUUUCGUAACUCAUUUAAAAAUAAUUAAUUUAAUUCAAAUACAAAAAUAAACUUGUAGCUUGAGAUAGAAAAUUUUUAUGAAUUUAUUCAGACCAAUAAUUUUAAUAAAGCAAAAAAUUUAUUAGUUAAUUAUUAAAAAAAUAAAAACUUAAUUAUAAAUGACUUAUCAGUAUUUGGUUGGUCAUCUCUACAUGUUUCUAUAGUAACUGGAUAUGAGAAGAUUAUUUUAUGGUUAUUAAGCGAAGGGGCUGAUGUUAAUUUGGAGACAAUUGAUGGAUGGACUAGUCUUUCAUUAGCAGUUUGUUUAAAAAUGAAAAAUAGUAAAAUAAAUAAAUGAUAAUUAGUUGUAAUCUUUUUAAUUGGAUAGUAAGAUAUAGAUAUAAAUAAACCAAGUAAACAUGGAUCUGCAUUACAUUUAGCUGCUUAAAUAGAUGAAUCUGAAAUAGCAAUGACUUUAUUAUAACAUCCUAAAAUUGAUGUAAAGUAAUUAAUUAUUUAUAAAUUUAGUAUUCAAGACAAAUUAAAUAGAAGGCCAAUUGAAGUUGCAGGUACUCAAGUUAGAUAAUUAUUAAAAUAUGAAAAUGAAUUAAGACUAAAUACAGUUUAUAGAAAUUCUUUUGUUAAGUCAAUAAAUGGAUUUACUUUAGAGGAUUUAUAAAAAGAUGUAAAAUGAUUUUGUAUAAAAGAGACUUUUAUUAUGAAUAAACCAAAAAGGCCUCCAAUUAUUACUGGUAAAGUAUUGAAAGUUAAUUAUUUUAAAUUAUUAAUGUAUCAAAGAUUUAUGAUUGCAGAUCCUGAUUCUGGUACAUUAGUAAGAUUUAAAAGUGAAAAAGAUGUUCCUAAUAAUCCAAAGUAUUAAAGUUUAAUUAUUUUAGUGAAAUAAUUGCUUUGGAUUAAAUAAAUGAUAUCAGAGUAUCUAAAGGUGAGUGGUUUUAAGAAGAAAACUUUUAUUAUUUGGAAAUUAAAUAUUCAUCUAAUCAUAUGUUUUUAGCAUUCAAAGAAAAAAAUGCAGCUAGAAGAUGGUAUGAAAGUUUGAAGAAUUGUAUUGGAUAUGCUAGAUAUAUAAAUUAAAAUUUUUUAUUAAGAGGUUCUGUAGAUGAAAUUAAGUGUGCUCAGCGAGCCUAUAGUUUAAUGUUACAAAAACCAAAUCAAAUUAUGAAUAUUAGAGAUUCAUCCGCUAUUGAAUAAUAAUAAUAUAUUUAAUAGUAAUAAAAAGUAAAGAAGGAUAAAUUUAAAUAAUCAUUAGCAAGUGUAACUGAAGCAGAAUUUGAAAUUGAUAUUAUUGAAGAAAAAGGAGGCUUAAAAAAAUAAUAUUCUAUUGGUUUAUCAUGUUUUUAAAACUUUGAAUUGAUUGGAAAAGGUAGUUUUGGAAAAGUAUACAAAGCUAAAUAUAAAAAUCUAUAUUGUGCUUUAAAAUAAUAAGAAAAGAAUAUGCUUAUAAAAUAGGAUUACUUAAACUAUACACUUUUAGAACUUUAAAUUCUGAAAAGCAUUAAGAAUCCUUUUAUUGUUCGAUUAUAUUUUGCAUUUUAAGUUCUUAUACAAUUUAUUCUAGACUUAAAAAUAUUUAUAUUUUGCAACUGAACUUUGUCCUGCAGGAGAUUUAGCAAGAUAUAUGACAAGAGGAAAAAUAUUGGAUGAAUAUACUGCAAAAUUUAUUGUAGCUUAAAUAAUAUUAGCUAUUGAAUAUCUUCAUUCAAAAUCUAUACUUUAUAGAGAUCUUAAACCAGAAAAUAUUUUAAUAGAUUCAGAUGGAUUUAUUAAACUUACAGAUUUUGGUUUAUGUAAACAAGGCUAAUAAGGUUAAGAAAUUAUUGCAAAAAGUUUCUGUGGAUCUCCAGCUUAUCUCCCCCCUGAAGUAAUUGAAGGUAUUGGAUCAUCCAAAGCUACAGAUAUUUAUUAAAUAGGAACCAUUUUAUUUGAAAUGCUUACAGGAUAUCCUCCAUAUUAUAGCACAAAUAUUAAAACUUUAAUUGAAAAUAUCAAAUAUUGUAAAUUAAAUAAUUUUUAAUUAUAGAAUAAAUAUAAAUUCCUAAAGGAAUUAGUGUCACAGCAACAGAUCUUUUAAAAUUAUUACUUAUAAGGUCUCCUAAAGAUAGAUUGGCUUAAGCUGAUUUUCAUAAAAUUAAGAAACAUUUGUUUUUUGCUGAAAUAGAUUGGAUGAGAUUGCAAGCUAAAUAAUAUAAACCUCCAGCUUUAACUAUUCGCAAUAAUUUUAAUAACAGUAGAAAUGGAUUUAAAUUUUAAGAAAACAAAAAUGUAAUUAAUUUAUUUUAUUUAAGGAUCUUUUUGAUAUAGAUUAUUCAGAUGAGUAGGAAAAGCCUAAUUUCAUUUUAAAUUGGGAUAUUUCAUUGAUUUGA